AGUGACGUCUAUAACGCUGAGACAGCUUGGGGAGGAUCUGAGCAGGUCGCAUAGGUGAGCAGUUGGGCUUGUGGUCGUGUGGCCGAUAUGAGCUGCACCAUUGAGAAGAUCCUAACAGACGCUAAGACGCUGCUGGAGAGGCUGCGGGAGCACGACGCGGCCGCCGAGUCACUGGUGGAUCAGUCGGCUGCGCUGCACCGGCGGGUGGCCGCUAUGCGGGAGGCGGGGACAGCGCUUCCGGACCAGUAUCAAGAGGAUGCAUCCGAUAUAAAGGACAUGUCCAAAUACAAACCUCACAUUCUGCUGUCCCAAGAGAAUACACAGAUUAGAGACUUGCAGCAGGAAAACAGAGAGCUAUGGGUUUCCUUGGAGGAACAUCAAGAUGCUUUGGAACUCAUCAUGAGCAAGUACCGGAAACAGAUGUUACAAUUAAUGGUUGCUAAAAAAGCAGUGGAUGCUGAACCAGUCCUGAAAGCUCACCAGUCUCACUCUGCAGAAAUUGAGAGUCAGAUUGACAGAAUCUGUGAAAUGGGAGAAGUGAUGAGAAAAGCAGUUCAGGUGGAUGAUGACCAAUUUUGUAAGAUUCAGGAAAAACUAGCCCAAUUAGAGCUUGAAAAUAAGGAACUUCGAGAAUUAUUGUCCAUCAGCAGUGAGUCUCUUCAGGUCAAGAAGGAAAACCCAGUGCACACUGCUUCCCAAGGCAUCAAAUAACUCAACUUCUGACUGUCAGCUGGAGAUUGUUUAUCAAGGAAGGAAGUUAUUAUCUUUCUAUUUGAGUAUUGUCCAUUGAGUGUCUUGCUCAGAUUUGAUUUAGUGUUGAUUAAAGGUAUUAGAUGGCAGUGUAGAAGUCACAGUUAAAAGUGGCUGUCCACAAAACAGUUGUUGGGUGUGUUAGUGAAAAUACAUACUGAGUUUCACCAUUCCUUUUCUAAGAGACUUUUAAUUUUCAUUUCUGGGACCUCAAUUUGUAUAAACUGUGUUUUGAGUUCAUUUUUGUUUUCACAUCUCUGAAACUUAGAGCAUUUUAUUAUAAGCCAGCAAUUUUAUUUUAUUUAGGAUUAUAAAUUGCAAUUGUAAAAAGUUUUAAAAAGAGAUUAGCUUUUUAAAUCUAUUUGGCAUAAACCUGUAUUUUUUUCCAUUUGAGAAAAGUAAUACCGUACAACUAGAUGGGCAGAUUCUCUGAUUUGUAAUGUCAUUCACUUUCUAUGAAGUUUGAAGUCUCUCUGGUGCUAAGAGUUGGCACUUCAUGGCAUGGUGUCUUUACUCUUAAUUUGAGAGAACCUACUGCUAGUCCCCAGGAAACACACUUGAAAAUAAGUCAACUGUUUUUUUCUAAUGGAAGUAGUCAUCGUUCUGUUCAAAGAAUGCUGAGAAAUUUGUCCUGUGUAUGUGCGCAUACACGUGUGCUCUUAGUUCAGAUGCUAAAAGUAGCUUGUAUUUGUUUUAUUAGAUAUUCAUAGUCAAUUUUUCAGUUUUGUCCUACUAGAAAAUCUUCAACUUGAGUAGUUUACCCAGUGUGAAGAGCAUAUAAUAGGUUUAUUCACAUCAUAGUUCUUAGGUAUUACAUUCUUCUAUUUAAUUUAUAUAUAACUCCUGUUUUAUAGUUAAGAACUUAUCCCUUACUUGGAUGUCUUUCAUUACUAGUACUAGUACUUUGUUUUUAGAUCCAUUUUUCACAAGGAAGCAAAGUUUAUCACCUAGUGAGAGUUACUAUAUUCAUAGUACUGUGCAGAAAACAAAACAAUGUUAAGGUUCAAAUGCUGAGUGAUCAACUAGGCUCACCUAUUAACUCAUUCCCCCAUCUCAGUUUACUCACAUUUCAAAUUUACAAAUUUCUUCAUGUUAUACUAUCAUUAUAGUAUAGAUUUGCCCAAAAAUAAUUAAAAGAAUGAAUGCUAAAUCUGUCAAUAUUUUCCAGUAACACUAAGCACCAUACUACAUGGGAGAGAGACAGUAUUAAAAAGUUUUUUGUUAAUGCUUUAUGUGAUGUAAAAUUUCUUUUUUUACUGCCAUAAAGAAUUAACUCCAGUUAAAACAACAAAACGUCUCCACGAUACCCUAAAAGCAUCUGAUGCCAGUAAUACUAAUGGACUUUGCCUACAGUGGUCGGCUUUAAUGAACAGGUAUAUGUUAUUUUAGAGUUUGUCAAAUUUAUAUUCAAAGUCCUGCAUAAAAUUUGAAAAAUACUUCCACCCCAAAUAUGGCUGUUUUCAUGUCAUUUCCCAAAAGUAAACCUUUAAUCCCAACUAUUUGCCUUGAAGUAUAUGCCCUGAGUGCCACUGGUAUGUCCCACAAUUCUAUUCAGGAAGUGAGAACCUCUACAUUUUGUCAACUGCCAUGGGCAGUUUUCAUGAAAAUGAUAAAGUAAUCAAAUGGCCUUGAAGUAUAAUGUGGUGUCCCUAUAUCUGCCUGAUAUUCCUUUAGAGUUGCUUAUAAAGUUCUUUAUAUCUCAGAUAUCAGGAUAAAUCUGUAUGUUAACUUUUCCCCGUAGCAAAUCAAAACCUUGAAGUAUGAGUCUAAAGAGCUCUCAGUGCCCUAUGUAAUGUAAAUUCUGGCAGGUGUUAAUGCUAUGAAGAUAAUGUGUAGUUAGAAAAUUGAGGAAGGAAUGUUCUUCACUUUGAGUGGAUAUUAAAGUUUUUUUUGCAGUGGAUGGAGGAACUUAACUGCUUUGCAAAAUCUUAGUACAAGCUUUUCUAAUAAAAACCUCAUUUUGUGAAUAUCAGCUAAUUUUACUUAGUAAUGAGUCUAAUUACUAGUGCAAAGGUUUAUUUUCCCUAUAUGUAGCAACCUAUCAAGUAGACGGGUUUUCAUAAAUAUUUUGUAGUUAGCACAGCAGUACUUUUUUUUAAUAAAAAAUUAUAAAAAUA